AUGACCAAUACACCUCCUCGCGUUCACGUACUGGGCUUAGGUAGUAUUGGUUCACUUGUUGCUCAUUCGCUCGCAGAAAUUCCAAGACGCCCGCCUGUGACAUUAUUACUUCACAGACUAUCUUUGUUAGAGGGGUACAGGCGCAAUGAAUGCAAAUUGGGACUACAAACAACUGACGGAAAAUUCGUAAGUCACGGCGGUUAUGACUUUGAAGUCCUUCACAAUAAAGGAUGGCAUCACGCUUCUUUGAAUUCGGAUCACAGCAUCGAUCCAAUUACAGGACAACCAAAUGGCAUUGCGACUGGGACAAUCGAGCAUCUCAUUGUCUGCGUUAAGGCUACCCAAACCGUGGCUGCUCUCCAGUCACUCGGGUCCCGCUUAAACCAAAACUCCACCGUAAUGUUUCUCCAGAACGGUGCCGGAAUGAUUGAAGAUGUAAACAAGCAUCUUUUUCAAGAUCCCAAACUACGACCCAACUACAUUACUGGUGUCAUAUCUCAUGGAGUAACAAUGAACAAACCAUUCGACAUCACCCACACCGGCUUCGCAGCAACCUCGAUAGGCCCCGUACCGCGAAACGAGCCCUCUAAAUCAGACCCAUCAAAACCAACAACAUCCAAUUCAAGUUCAUACCUGUUGGACGCCCUCCCCCAAGUUCCACGCUUCAAAUGCCGCUCCUACGACUGGUCUUCCAUCUUCCAAAUCCAGCUCGAAAAGCUCAGCGUAAACGCCUUCUGCAACCCACUCUGCGCGCUCGCGGACUCACAGAACAAAUACCUCUUCACCAUACCCGACAUCUGUCGGUCACUCAUGAGAGAAAUCUCUUCCGUCGUGCUGGCUAUGCCCGAAUUCCAAGGUGCACCGGGUGUCAGACAACGGUUUUCUCCCGAAGUGCUUGAGCAGACUGUGAUGGGCAUUAUCGAGCGGACAAGGGAGACUACGUGUUCAAUGGUUUGGGACCUUAGGGCGGGGAGGGAGACGGAGAUCGCGUAUAUCAAUGGGUAUUGGUGUAGGAGGGGAAGGGAGCUGGGUGUGCCGACGCCCAUUAAUGAUGAGCUGGUGGCGAGGAUUGAGAUGCGGACUAAGAAGUCUGAGUAA